ACACUGGUUCGUCGAGAUGUAGCAGACAAGCUCUGUGACGGGUUGAAGAUGUUUCGUUCCAUUACACAUAACAUCCCUCAGGGGAUAGUGUCCCUGGCGCGCAACAACGCGGCAGCCUCGGGAUGCGGCGCCGUUACUUGCAAGAUUCAGGAGAGGCGCGCGACCACGGAGUCGUCCGUGAAGAAGGCCGACAAUCAGCUGCCGGAGAAACCCAAAGUCGAGCCCUACAGUCCGUUUCAGAAGACCAGCAACACAGCGGAAUACGCUUUGGCGAGAAUAGACGAUCUGUUGAACUGGGGACGCAAGAAUUCGUUGUGGCCGAUGACUUUCGGCCUGGCCUGUUGCGCCGUGGAGAUGAUGCACAUCGCCGCGCCCAGAUACGACAUGGACAGAUUCGGCGUCGUGUUUCGCGCCUCGCCCCGCCAGUCGGAUUGCAUCAUAGUCGCCGGCACCUUGACCAAUAAAAUGGCGCCAGCUUUGAGAAAGAUUUACGAUCAGAUGCCCGAGCCCCGAUGGGUCAUAUCUAUGGGUAGUUGCGCAAACGGAGGCGGAUACUAUCAUUACAGCUACUCCGUGGUCAGAGGAUGCGACAGGAUUAUACCGGUGGACAUUUACGUGCCUGGUUGUCCCCCAACAGCCGAAGCGUUGUUGUACGGUAUCCUUCAGUUGCAGAAAAAGAUCAAACGUAUGGAAACCACGCAAAUUUGGUACAGGAAGUAAUGUAUAGCACUUUGUAUGUCUAUAGCAAUAAAUGUAUAAAUUAUUUAACGGAUAUACAGAGUUAUAUGUAUAUAUACAUAAUACACGUAUAUAUAAUAGAAUUA